ACAUAAAAGAAAAAAGGAAACCCCGCUCUUCCUCUAACCCCCAUUCUUUCCCAACCGAAACAUCUGCCUACCGUCCUCUCCUCUUCCUUUCCUCCCACAGAAUUCCACCGCAACUAAACCAAAAACCCAUCUUUUCUUUUUCUUGUUCUGGUAUUUUUUUUCUAUCCUCAAAGUUUGAGGACGCUCGAAUCGACGGCGCCGUCCCGGUGGCGAGAUUAGGGUUUUCUCGCUGCCGCUGCGGCUCGUCGGUUUCCACGACAUACCGUGCACGAUUCCCGUGUGAAUGGAUAUAGGUGGAGUUGAGCACCGAGGGCAUUUGGCACAGCAGAAGACAUCUUGGACAGAAGAUAAGCAUAGGUUGCCAUUGCUCCCUUCCAAGAAGAACAAUGACAUUUCUGCCACCUGCAAGCCCAAGAAUGUUGCUUCUAGGUACAAGUCUGGGAUCUCAUCUACCCCUGUUUUAACUCCUAGUUCACCAAGACGACACCCCUCUCCAAAUGCCAGUCACACAUCUCCUGCACCUGCGGUGUCACUGCCUAAGCGACCCCAAUCUGCUGAGAGGAGACGACCAACAACCCCUUCAUCGAGGUUCUCUGCACCCUCAUCCCCUUCUAGUUCUUCUACACCCUCUUCCCCAUCUUCUAGAUCAACAACACCAGCACAUGAUAUGGUGGCGGAAAUUCACAGCACCACGUGGCGCUUACUCAGCAACAGGACUCCUGAUGGUUUGUGGCCAUCAAUGCGGAGCCUGUCUUCCUCAUUCCAGUCAGAAUCUCCCAUAAUUUCUGUUAGUAAAAAAGAAAAAGUGGUUGUGAAUUCCUCAGAGAAAACAAUUAAGUCUCCGGCCAAUAUAGUAAUUGAGAGAAAGAGGACUCCUCUGAGAGGAAGAAACUCAUCUGACCAAUCAGAGAAUUCUAAACCAUUGGAUAACUCAAAUGCAAGGGUCAUUGAUCAAUGUCGGUGGCCUGGGAUUCUGGGAGGAAGGUCAUCUGCUAAUGGCUUGUCAAGAAGUGUGGAUCUCUCUGAUAGGUCUAGUAGAUCUGCAUCUUUAACAGUUGCAUCACGGGGGGUCUCCCCAAAGAGAACGAAUCCGUCAUCUGAUAGUGCAACUAGAGUUCCCCAGCCAUCUUUAAGUGAGGUUACGGCGCGAGUAUUUAAUGAUGGUGGUGGAAGAGCAGAGCAGUGUGUGAAAUCAGUUGUAAAGUCCUCUUCACAAAUUUCCAUGAGAUAUUCAUCAGUAACACGGUCAAAUAAGACUCAGUCAUCGCCAGUCCCAGGUUUGCGUAGCCUUUCUUCACCGAGUAAGGUUUUGUCAACAUCAACAUCAUCAUAUACUGCUAGGGGUAUGUCAAGUCCUUCAAGGACAAGACCAUCUACUCCGGUCUCAUCAUCUAGCAACGUUACUAGCAGAAUGGUUGGCACAUCCUCUGUCCUUAACUACAGUGUUGAUGUGCGAAAAGGAAAGAAGAAUAGAAAUCACAUAGAAGAUGCUCAUCAGCUAAAGCUGCUUUAUAAUGCAAACUUGCGGUGGUGCUUUGUCAACGCUCGAGCAGACAAGACACUAUUGGUUCAGAAAAUGAAGACAGAGAAUGUUCUUCACAGUGUGUGGAAUAGAAUUUCAAAAUUGCAUGAUCCUGUGAUCUUGAAAAGAAUUGAUGUGCAGCGUCUGCAGCUGGAAAUGAAGUUGCGUAUAAUUUUGAAAGAACAGAUGGCAUACCUUGAACGUUGGGUGGCAUUAGAAAGGGAACAUUGUAGCUCUUUAUCUGGUGCAGUGGAAGCUUUAAAUGCAAGCACCCUACGUCUUCCU